ACAAUUCAUAUCCCCUGCCCCUAUGGACUUCCUCUUUUGGGAUAACACCUCCAGCUUCAUCUAUCCAAUGUCAUGGACUUGUGGCUCCCUAACAGUGAGAAUGAUCUGCUUUUCAGAUAACACCUUCCAGUCCAUUUUCUGUUGCUGCUGUUGCUGCUCAGUACAGAAUCGACAAGUGAGAACACAAAUAAGCCUGAGCAGAGAUGAAGAACUUUCAGAAAAAUACACUCAGCGUCAGAGGCGGUGGCUCAGCGAACCGUCAACUAAGAAGCAAUCCAACAGGAGCUGUGGGCAACCUUCAAAACGCAAGCCUUUGCCUCCCCUUCCACCCUCCGAGCUUGCUGAAGAGAAGAUCCAGGUGAAGGCACUGUAUGAUUUCUUGCCCCGAGAACCCUGUAAUUUAGCACUAAAGAGAGCAGAAGAAUACCUGAUUUUGGAAAAGUGUGAUCCUCAUUGGUGGAAGGCGAGAGACCGUUUGGGGAAUGAAGGCUUAAUCCCAAGCAACUAUGUGACUGAAAACAGACUCACCAAUUUAGAAUUAUAUGAGUGGUACCAUAGGAACAUUACCAGAAAUCAGGCAGAACGUCUAUUGAAACAAGAGGCCAAAGAAGGUGCAUUUAUUGUCAGAGAUUCAAGACAUUUGGGGUCUUACACCAUUUCUGUGUUUAUAAGAGAUAGAAGAAGUACAGAGGCUACAAUAAAACAUUAUCAGAUUAAAAGGAAUGACUCGGGACAGUGGUAUGUGGCUGAAAGACACCUCUUUCCAUCAGUGCCUGAGCUGAUCUGGUAUCACCAGCAUAAUGCCGCUGGUCUUCUGACUCGACUCCGCUGUCCAGUUGGGCUGAUGGGUUGUUUGCCAGCCACAGCUGGAUUUAGCUAUGAAAAGUGGGAGAUAGAUCCGUCUGAACUGACUUUUGUCAAGGAGAUUGGAAGUGGUCAGUUUGGGGUGGUCCACUUAGGUGAAUGGCGAGCACAUCUGCCAGUAGCUAUCAAGGCCAUCAAUGAAGGCUCCAUGUCUGAAGAGGAUUUCAUUGAAGAAGCUAAAGUGAUGAUGAAACUAUCCCAUUCAAGGCUGGUUCAGCUUUAUGGGGUAUGUAUACAGCAGAAGCCCCUCUAUAUUGUGACAGAGUUUAUGGAAAAUGGCUGCCUGCUUAACUAUCUCAGGGACAGAAAAGGAAAACUUAGGAAGGAAAUGCUACUGAGUGUGUGCCAGGAUGUAUGUGAAGGAAUGGAGUAUCUGGAGAGGAACUGCUAUAUCCACAGAGAUUUAGCAGCAAGGAAUUGUUUGGUCAGUUCUACAUGUAUAGUAAAAAUUUCGGACUUUGGAAUGACCAGGUAUGUUUUGGAUGAUGAAUAUAUAAGUUCUUCUGGAGCCAAAUUCCCAAUCAAGUGGUCCCCUCCUGAAGUUUUCCAUUUCAACAAAUACAGCAGUAAAUCUGAUGUCUGGUCGUUUGGAGUUUUAAUGUGGGAAGUUUUUACAGAAGGAAAAAUGCCUUUUGAAAAUAAGUCAAAUCUGCAAGUCGUGGAAGCCAUUUCUAACGGUUUCCGGCUGUAUCGCCCUCAUCUGGCAUCCAUGUCCAUAUAUGAAGUCAUGUAUAGCUGCUGGCAUGAGACCCCUAAAGGCCGCCCAACGUUUACUGAGUUGCUACAAGUGCUCACAGAAAUUGCAGAAACCUGGUGACCUGAAAUGGAAUGCCAGCCCAGAGGAUCAUCUUGCGAAAUUGUCACAAGACCAAAUCAUGAGUGGGUUGCCACUAAAGGGAAUAUCUUCCUUUUAGAGCUGCUGAUUCUUAGAAAUAGUGCAGAGAUCACGGACUUUUCAAAUUGUUUUAAGAAUAUUCUGACAAUAGUUUUUCUGCAUGCAUGAGAAGGAUUUCUACACUCCCCUUCUGUCAUAUAUUUCACAUCCAUAUGUGAAGAUGGAAAAAAGACGUUAUGGUUUAUAUAUUAGGUGUCCCCCAAAGCUCAUGUGUGAGAAAAUGCAAGGAAGAUUAAAGGCAAAAUGACUGGG